ACGAGAGCGGUUGUUAUGGCGAGUUUCGGUGAAGAAAGAAAAGUGAAGAUCAAGGGUUGGAGAAGCCUCGCGCAGGCAUUCGGACGACAACAGCUGAUUGUGUCCGGCUGCCGCAAGUGUUGUCUGUGGCCACGACAGAGCCAGCCAGGGCGCGGUAGGACUGACACCCGAUUGCAAGGCGGACACGGUGUGGCACCCUCUAUAAACAUGGCACUGACGUCGGUUACUAAGUCAACCAAGCCUUUUGAUGGCCAGAAACCAGGGACUAGCGGCCUGAGGAAGGCUGUCAAAGUGUUUCAGCAGCCAAACUACACAGAAAACUUUGUACAAUGUAUCCUAAGUGCCAUGGAGGGUGCCCUACCUGGCUGUACCCUUGUCGUUGGAGGUGAUGGACGGUAUUUCGGGAAGCAAGCUGUUGACAUUAUUGUUAAGAUGUGUGCUGCCAAUGGGGUUCGCAAGUGCUUGGUUGGUCAGAAUGGCAUCUUGUCUACCCCUUGCGUGUCAUGCAUCAUCAGAAAGUACAAGACUGCUGGUGGCAUUGUGCUUACAGCCAGCCACAACCCUGGUGGACCUGACGCUGACUUUGGCAUCAAGUUUAAUAUCUCGAAUGGAGGACCUGCUCCAGAUGGUGUGACAAACAAGAUCUACAGCUUGACCCAGUCCCUGGCCGAGUACAAGAUUUGCCCUGACCUGAAAUGCGACAUUGCAACCAUUGGCACACAGGAAUUUCAGGUUGAUGGAAAGCCAUUUACCGUUGAAGUUGUUGACUCGGUGGCAGACUAUGUGGCAUACAUGAAGGAGAUCUUUGACUUCAAUGCAAUCAAGGGACUCCUGCAUGGAGCUGACGGAAACCCACCUCUCAAAGUCCUCAUCAACGCUAUGCAUGGAGUUACGGGACCAUACGUUCGUCGCAUUUUCCUGGAGGAACUCGGGGCUAGUCCAGAUAGUGCUGUUAACAUCGUCCCAUUGGAAGACUUUGGAGGUCAUCAUCCUGACCCUAAUCUUACAUAUGCGGCUGACCUUGUUAAGGCAAUGAAAGAAGGAGAAUUUGGGUUUGGUGCUGCCUUCGAUGGAGACGGUGAUCGCAACAUGAUCCUCGGUUACAAGGCAUUCUUUGUGACUCCAUCUGACUCUGUGGCAGUUAUAGCCGACAACACUGACUGCAUCCCAUACUUCAAGAAAAAUGGAGUCAAGGGCCUAGCACGCAGUAUGCCCACAGGAUGUGCCAUUGACAGAGUUGCUGCCAAGAAAGGAAUGGAAAUAUUUGAGGUUCCUACUGGCUGGAAAUACUUUGGAAACCUCAUGGAUGCUGGAAGGUUGUCCAUUUGUGGUGAAGAGAGCUUUGGUACUGGAAGUGAUCACAUUCGAGAGAAAGAUGGCAUAUGGGCCGUGCUUGCAUGGUUGUCCAUCCUCGCUGUCCGCAAAACUACAGUUGAAAAGGUUCUGCUAAAUCACUGGCAGACUUAUGGAAGGAACUUCUUUACUAGAUAUGACUAUGAAAAUUGUGAGAGUGAUCCAUGCAAUGCUAUGAUGGCUGCUCUGGAUGCCAUGAGUGGUGAUGCUGCCAUGGUUGGGAAGGAGCUGUCGCAUGGGGGAAAGACGUACAAGAUUGCCAAGAUUGACAACUUCGAGUACACUGACCCCAUUGAUGGAGCUGUGGCAAAGAAACAGGGAGUGCGUAUUCUCAUGAGUGACGGAUCUCGUGCUGUAAUGCGACUCAGUGGCACAGGAAGCUCAGGUGCAACUGUCCGCAUGUACAUUGAGAGCUACGAAUCUGAUCCCUCUACGUACACAAAGGAUGCUCAGGAAGUCCUCAAACCACUAGUAGAAAUUACAAUUAAUUUGUCUCAGCUACGUGAACGCACAGGUCGCCAGGAGCCUACAGUUAUCACCUAAGCAUAUGGAUAGCUGGGGUGUCAGCAUUUCUGGAUAUUAUGUGAAACAGUGUACUUGAAUGAAUUUAGAAUAAAGAUAUGCUUCCAUAGAAGUCAUUAUGUACUUUUGUAUGGUAUAUAGAUUAAACAAAACCAGCAUAAAAUGACCAAGAACUAGAGCCAGAAAAGAUGUUUUCUUGUUGAAAAGUUCCUAAUUUGUUAGCAUUUUGUUUUUUCUUAUCUUUCUCUCAAUAUUGUUAUUUCAAGAAGCGAGAAAUUCAGUAAUAAUGUGAUGUGCAGUGAUUUUUUUUCUUCUUUUUUUUGUUGUUGUGAAUAAUGAAUUGCUGAAAUGUAAGGAUUUUCUUUCUUAAUGUUUAAGCCUUCAUGCAACAGUUUUUUACUGAAAGUAUUCACACACAAGUUAUUAUUUCUGUUACUCAAAAUAAAAACAAUUUCUGUACUCAAAAUAAAAACAAAAGAAAAUAAGUCUGUGAUAUAUGUUGUAUCAGUUUUAUUCUUCUCACUAUUGAUAAUGAACUUAUGAUACAUCAAAUAGUUUAAUUAAACUAGUUUGUAUCGCUGUCUAAAGAAAAGAUAUUAAAGUUGUUUUUUAAU